AUGUCAACACAUCCCCAGGUCGUUACUGUUGCGCUCGGCGCACCCCUUGAGGUCCGCCAGGUUUCGACACGUCGACCCAAGGGGAAUGAAGUACGUGUGAGAGUCGAGUGGACAGCCUCGACGCCACUCGAUGUCCAUCAAGCUCUUGGCGGUCUGCUCGUGGUGAAGUACCCACAGGGCUUGGGCGAUGGCACUGCCGGCACAGUCGUAUCGUCUGGACCAAACGCACGCUACCAAGUUGGCGACAAAGUAUUUGGCUUCACCUGGCGAUCAAAUGAGGAAAAGUCACACCAGCUGUACUGCGUUGCUCCGGACAUCCUACUUGGCAAAGUGCCGAGAGGCUUCACGAUGCAGCAGGCAGUGACGCUGCCAAACAAUUUUGUCACGGCAUGGCAUACUCUGACAUCCGACGUCGGGUUCGAGCUGCCGUGGCCGAAGCCGAACGACUAUGUACCGCCGGAGUUAGACGAGUGGAUUCUCGUUUGGGGCGGAUCCUCCAGCACUGGUCAGUUCUUCAUUCAGAUCUUAAAAUGGUAUGGGUAUAAGAACAUCAUCGCGACUGCCGGUAAGCAACAUCACGAUCGCCUCCAAAGAUAUGGCGCUGCGGCGUGCUUCGACUACCGCUCCGGCAACGUGGGAGGACCCAUCUCCGACUUUCUAAGUCAGCAACACCAAGGCAAGCAUAACAUCAGAUAUGCAAUCGACUGCAUCGGCAGUCGGGCUGGCAGCGUGAAACCGAUUGCAGAGGUUGUACGCUCCGGCGCCACCGUUGCGGUUCUCCUUCCAGUCAUUAUCGCCGACGCAGUGGAUAACCAGAAGCCAGUCUACACUCUGGACGCCGAAGAGGAUGUGGCUUGGGCAGAAGGGGUAGAGGUCAGAGGCGUCCGUACUCAUUUCUGGCUGGACAACAACUUUCUGGCGGAGAAGCUGCAGACGGAGAUCAUGCCUGCUGCGCUCGAAUUGGGUAUGGUUGAGCCGAAUGAGCAGGUUGUUGUGGAGGGGAGGACGUUACUGGAGAGGGCGCAGAAGGCGAUUGAGAUGUUGAGGAGGAGGGAGGUCAGUGGGGCGAGGCUUGUUUGGCGGGUUGCGGAAGAGGGUGAGGAAUGA